AUGUAUGUAUGUGCAUUUGAAAUAGGAGAGGAGGUGGUAUCCAUGCACUUUUCUGCUAAAGGUGUCCUCUGGACAGCAGAAGGGCACAUCUGGGAGGCUAGGUGUCAAGAGGGGAGUUCAGUAAGGAUCUCAUUCCACUCUACUGCCCUAGGGCAGUCCAUGGACAGCACCAUUGAAGGAGGUGGCCUGCAGACUGAGAACAUGGAAGUGAUGUUUCUUGUCAUUUCUCCUAGCCCGAACCAUGGGGUUGGAGGGUCCAGGCAUCCCAAGUUUAGGGUUCUGAAGGGGGCUGUCUACGAAGGCUGCUGUAGGCUGGGCUGGAACUGGACCACACAUGUAGGCCGCUGACUCAGGCUCCUCCUGCAGCAUCGCAUGCCCAGGGAUUUGGAGUGUGCUCAGUAAUGGCUGUGGCAACUCCAUGAUCUUCAGAAAGGGCCUCUCCUUAAUCCUUGGGUUUUCAAGCAUUUGUUCCUUACAGGCUUGUCCUGUGUCUAUUGAUUGCACAGGGCUAGUAAGGCUGAGGAAUGGGGUUGGUUCUUUGCUCUCCUGGUACAGGAAACACUCUGGGACCUGUGCAAGGAUUUCUGUCCCCAGGGCCAGCACCCUUCUUUGGGGUCCCGGGCCUCCAUCGUUGACCGAUCCCCUGACCCUUCCCUUUCACUUGACAUUUUCUCUUCUCCCUUUCCCAUCCUGGGCAAGUGCUCUAUCUAG